GUGUGAAGCCAUCGGGAAGCGUCUUCGAGGUUGCCCUGGAGAUGGCCGGGCCCAAGGGCCCGGGAGAGGCGCCGAUGGCGGCUCCAAAAGACUUGCCCACCUCCAGUCUGCGGGUCCUGGAUGAGGCUCUGGGCGUGGGUUUGACGGCCGCCGAAAGCGCUUACUACCUGGAGCAGGUCACCAUAACUGAAGCAUCUGAAGAUGAUUAUGAAUAUGAAGAGAUACCAGAUAACAAUUUUAGCAUUCCCGAAAGUGAAGAAGAUCUGGCAAAAGCAGUUCAGGUGGUCCAAGAACAAGCUACUGAUGCCCAAAUUUUGGAGCAGAAAACAGUUCUUCCUUCAAGGCAGGCAGCACAUGAGGUAAUAGAAGACUUUCUCUGCAAUUUUCUGAUCAAAAUGGGAAUGACCAGAACUCUUGAUUGUUUUCAGUCUGAAUGGUAUGAGUUAAUACAGAAGGGAGUAACUGAACUUAGAGCUUCUGGGAAUGUUCCAGACGUCUACAGCCAGAUUAUGCUUUUAGAAAACGAGAACAAAAAUUUAAAGAAAGACCUGAAGUACUACAAACAGGCAGCUGACAAGGCUAGAGAAGAUCUGCUGAAAACUCAGAAGGAACGUGAUUUUCAUCGCAUACAUCACAAGCGAAUAGUCCAGGAAAAAAACAAAUUAAUUAAUGACCUUAAAGGGUUGAAGUUGCAUUAUGCCUCUUAUGAACCAACGAUACGAGUGUUACAUGAGAAGCACCACAUUUUACUGAAGGAGAAAAUGCUGACCUCUUUAGAAAGAGACAGAGCAGUUGGACAGGUUUCUGAACUUCAAGAAACAUUGAAGAACAUAGAUAUAGGACAUAGUUAUCAUAUUCCUGAAAUUAAAGUUGGUCACAAUUGUGAAAAAGAAAAUGCACCAGAGGGUCCCACUCAGAGAGGUCUGCGUGAAGCCAGGGAGCAAAGCAAAAGUAAAACGAAGAAGAAAGACAAUAAUAAGGAUUCAGAAUUUCCCAUGGAUAUACAACCAGAACCAAACCUGAAUUUAUAUAAAGAAAAUCUUUGUCCAGCAAAAUUUAACUACAAGCUGAAUAACAUUUUUAGACUUCAUGAACUUCCAGUGAGCCGCAUCGCCGUGCACCCCUGCGACGACAUCCUUGUCACUUGUGGUGAGGACCGCCUCUGGAAGGUAGUGGGCAUUCCCAAAGGCAAUGUGCUUCUCACGGGACUUGGCCACACGGAUUGGCUUUCUGACUGCUGCUUCCAUCCCAGUGGCAACAAGUUGGCUACAUCAAGUGGUGACACUACAGUUAAAUUGUGGGACCUAUUUAAAGGCAACUGCAUUUUGACUUUCGAAGGACACAGCCAUGCAGUCUGGUCCUGCUCAUGGCACUCUGGUGGCAGUUUUGUAGCUUCUUCCUCAAUGGAUACAACUAGCAAAAUCUGGGAUGUCAACAGUGAAAGAUGCAGAGGUACUUUGUAUGGACAUACAGAUUCUGUGAACAGCAUUGAGUUUUUCCCUUUCUCCAACACUCUUCUUACGGCUUCUGCAGACAAGUCCCUGUCUGUAUGGGAUGCAAGAACGGGUAAAUGUGAGCAGUCACUUUAUGGUCACAUGCAUUCUAUCAAUGAUGCCACCUUCACGCCUCAGGGUCAUAUGAUAGCAUCCUGUGAUGCCUGUGGGGUUGUAAAACUAUGGGACUUUCGGAAGCUCUUACCAAUUGUGUCCAUUGAUAUUGGCCCAAGUUCUGGCAAUGAGGUGAACUUUGACUCAUCAGAUUUUGCUCUCAGCAAGGAAUUAACAGAAGGGAUGAAGUACAGAAUCAAGAACUCUCCAAAAGAUACCAACAUUCUUAGAUGAUAUCUACACAGAGGCAGGAAAGUACAUGCCGGUUGUAAGUUGGUGUAUGAUAUUUGAAUCACAAGGAUGUUAAUAUGGUAGAGAUAAAUAAAGAACAAUAAGCAGCAGGGCAUUACAGAAACAAAGAUGUCGCAGUUACAAUGGGUCACAUUUUACCAACAAUAUUUUGAAAGCAAGAUAGGUCAAGUUGGCCCAAACUAUGUCCCCAUUGCCCUGGUUAUCCUUGUCAUUGAGGUAGAGAGUUAUUGGCAAACUCUGCAUCCAAAUGCCUUGGACUGGAAGAACAGUCAAGGGGUUCUAAUUCCUUUCUUAAACUGACUAGUUCCAACCCAACUAAACCCACAACAAUAUUCAGUGUUGUCUGCAAUAAUUCUUGGUAUCUUAUGUCGCUGGACCUGCAAAUUGUUGCAAUAGCAAGCUAUGUUAUAGAACAGGGCUUAAUGGAAACAAGUAAAAUGAGUCCAGAAUUAGGUCAGGCCUUGAAAUUGUCUAUGUUAUUUAUCAGAAAAAACAUUUUAAGGAAAAUCCAAUCUAGAAUGACAAAGGGGACAGAUCAAUCUAGAAUAGAGAUUUUAAAAAAAAACUUUAAAAUAUAUGUACAAGUAUAAUUUUAGAAUUAUGACACAUUUUCUAGAUUACAUAAGGAACUAUAUUACAUAUGUAGUCAUACUAUCAGAGUUCAUAAUGUGCAAAGGAUACCCAUGAUUUAGAAUGGAGGCAAAAAUUUUAUCUUCUUAGAAAAGAAUAUAGUCAAAUAUAUUUUUAUUUAUACAUAUUUUAUAAUAUACACAUGAAUAUAACAAAUCGUAGUAUUCCUACACUUAGAAUUUUGAAGUGACCACUUACAGGAUUAUGAGCCUAUGUAAUUACGAUUUCUAUUAACGAGAGAAUACAUGACCACUCCAGGAUGCAUGCAGUGGUUUUGUUUAGUACUACUGAGCCCCAGUAGAAAAAGGAAGAGGAUGAGGUGGAGAAAGGGCAAAAAGAAACAAAGGAUUUCACACAAACCAUUGUCCUUUGAGAGGGGUUGUAUCGUUCUUAAAGUCUUGACAGGUUUCCUCAGGGACCAAUGUCUGGUUUCUUUUGGAGAGGGUGAGAAUGUACUCACAUGUUUUUGCUACUAAGCUAAGUAUUCAACAUGAUUUUUAUUUUUUCAAUAAAUGAGUAAAAUUUACAUUUUUCUAUAAAAAUAUUUUAUAUUUGUUGACUAAACACAUGAUACACAAUUAGUUUUUUUAAAGAUUUAUUUAUUUAUUUGAAAGUCACAGUUACAGAGAAAGAAACAGAGAGCAAGCUCUUCCAUCCACUGGUUCACUCCCCAGAUGACCACAAUAGCCAGCGUUAUGCCAGGGCAAAGCUCAGAGCCAGGAGUUUCAUCCAUGUCUUCCAUGUGGUUGGCAAGGACCCAAACACUCCUCCCAUCUCCCUCUGCUUUUCACAUGCCAUUAGCAGGGAACUGGGUCAGAAGUGGAGCAGCCAGGACAUGAAUUGAUGCCAUAUGGAAUGUUGGCUUUUUAGGCAGCAGCUUAAACUGCUGCACCUCAAUGCCAGACCCAAUGCAAUUAGUUUUUAUUUGAUAGUAGUGGAUUUUUUAAACUAAUUUGAUAUUUUUUUUAAAAAAAAAUGUGUUUAUCUUAUUUGACAAGUGGUGGGGAGGGAGUGCUGGUUCAGUCCCUAAAUGCCCACAAUGGCUAGGGCAGACCAGGCCAAAGCAGGAGCCCAAAGCUUAUUCCAGGAUCCCAAGUGGGUGACAAGAACCAAAGUACUAUUUAUAAUCUGCUAUCUCCCAGGAUGCACAUUAGCAGAAAGCUGGAAUAGAAGCAGGGUAGAGACUAAGACCAGGCACUCUGAUAUGGGAUGCAGGUAUCCCAAGUGACAAUUGACCUGCUAUGCCCCACACCUGUCCCUCUACUGAUAUAUUUUAGGGUAGAUGGAAGAAACAUUUACUGUCACAUAAAACUGGCUUUCUGAUAUACUCUCUCAUACCAACAUCUUUCUGUUAUAGGAAUCUUUAAGCAUACUUCCUUAUUCUUGAAUUCAUAACUAAGGAAGAAGUUGUAGGGAAAAGUAAACAUAUGGUAGACACUAUUCUCUUUUCUGGGAAUUUAAAAAGUAAAAUUUAGAAUUUUAAUCUAGAAUUAUCUCAGAUACUACAGUAACUUUUGCCUUAAAUAUAUUCUAAAUCAUUAUGAAAUAUUAUCAAUAUAUCAUCCAAAAUUGAAGUGAAGUGAAUAAUUACUAUUUUGGUCUCUUGUACAGUGUUCUCGCUUGAUAACUGGAACACUGGAGAUGCAGUUGAUUUACAAUUUUCAGUGCCCAUGAGUCGUCAAAUUAUAGAAUUUAUAACAUGGGUGAAUUUCUAAGAAUAUUUCAGAUUCUUAACUGUGCUGAAAAGUACAAAUCAGAGAAUGCCCUCGAAUGUUAACUAAAUCACUAAUCUCACCACUGAGUUACAAGGAGAGAGAUUCUGGUCCUAUUAAAUUGGCUCUAUCUCUUCUGAAACAGCUAAAUGCAGAUCCCAACAGUGGUCCAUGAACUCCUUUUUUUUUUUUCCUUUAACAGAGUUAUAGACAGAGAGAGAGAAAGACAGAGAAAGGUCUUCCCUCCGUUGGUUCACUCCCCAAAUGGCCACUACGGCCAGUGCUGCACUGAUCCGAAGCCAGGAUCCAGGUGCUUUUUCUUGGUCUCCGUGUGGGUGCAGGGGCCCAAGCACUUGGGCCAUCCUCCACUGCCCUCCUUGGUCACAGCAGAGAGCUGGACUGGAAGAGGAGCAACCGGAACUAGUCAGAAGGAGGAUUAACCAAGUGAGCCACGGUGCCGGCCCCCAUCAUAAACUCCUUUAAAUAUCACUAGUGUGAUACAUAUAAAAUGCAAUAAUUUUAAUGUAUAUUCAUUGAUUAUUUUUAGAACUAAUUUUUCUUCUUUGGUAAUUGUAGAAGACCACCUUAAAUGCAAACAUCAUCAUUAAAUUCUAGAGGUAAAAUAGUUUUCCUCUACUGAAGAGAUACUGUAAAAAGCCAGGGAUAUUAAUUAAGAGCACUGAGAAAAACAACAUAAAUAUUAAACAAUAGUAUAAUGGGUAAGUGAAUACAUGCAGUGAUGAAAAUAAUGUGCAUGUAGCCAAGCAUAGUGUUGACUGGACGAAGCCAAUGCACACACUCUACUCACCUUUACAAAAAGUUUGAGCUCAGUAAAACUGCUUCCUAUUAGCGAUGCAUACUGUACAGAACUUCACUAGCCAAGAAAGGGGCGAUCAUGAAUGUCAGCACAAAGGCAGCUCCACUGUAGUUGGAAAUAGAAAGUGGCACAUGUGGGGUCACUUGUGAGGUGCUGGAAAUAUUCGCUGCCCUAACCUGAGUGGUAGUUAUAUAGGUGUUUGCUUUACAAUGAUUCAUGAAUCCUUAUAGUCUUAACUAUACAUGCUCUACUUCUCAAUUAAAAAAAAUACAUAGAUGGAUGUAAAAGGGAAAACUUAAACAUUGAAUCAAGGAAUUCAGGGUAUUUAAUGUUUCAUGUCUGUGUCACCCAAAGCAUACAGGUAGACUACCAUCAAAAAAUAUCACAAAGGGUCAUGGAAGAUACUAUGGAGAGAGAACUAAACUAAGAGAAUAAAAACUUGUGUUCAGAAACUGAUCUAUAUUUAGGCAAUUAUAUCCUGGGAAUCAUAAAACUUCCUUCAGUUCUGAGACUCAGAGUGUGAAUCUGCAAAUUGGAAUAGCACUUACCUGUAGAAAAGUGUGGUAAUUUUAGUGAGGUUGUACAAAUUACUCAUCGUCUCAUCCUUUUCACUCAAUAUCCUUAAUCCUCUGCACAAAGAUAUGGAAACAACGUCAGAGUUAGAAUUGUCAAACAGCACCACGUUACAUUCAGUUUUUGUUUGUUUAUCCUUCAUUGCAUUCAAUACAUGAUCGUGUAGAAGGAAAACAGGUCUAGUAUUUUUUAUUAGGGCCAGUGCUGUGGCAUAGUGGGUUAAGCCUCAGCCUGCAGCACCAACAUCUCAUUUGGGCACUGGUGCGAGUGCUGGCUUCACCUCAGAUCCAGUUCCCUGCUGAUGACCUGGGAGGGCAGUGGAGGAUGGCCCGAGUGCUUGGGCCCCUGCACCCAUGUGGGAGAGCUGGAAGAAGCUACUGGCUCCUAGCUUCCUAUCAGCCCAGUUCAUCCAUUGUGGCCAUUUGGGGCAUGAACCAGCCAAUGGAAGACCUCUUUCUCUCUCUGGCUCUCCCUCUCUCUCUGUAACUGUGCCUCUCUCAGAGAGAGACAGACAGAAUCUACCAUCUGCUGGUUCACUUGCCCAGGUGAUUGCAAUAGCCAGUACUUGGCCAGGCCAAAAACAGGAGCCAGUGGCUUCAUCUGGGUCUCCUUUGUGGGUGGCAGGGGUCCAAACACUUGAGCCAUUCUCCACUGCUUUUCUAGGUGUACUAGCAGGGAGCCGGAUUGGAAAUGGAGCAGCCAGGACAUGAAUCAUGAACCCAUAUGAGAUGACAGUAUCACAGGUGGCAGCUUAACCCACUAUACCACAUCAGCCCCAGUUUUAGAAUUUGUGUUUCGCAUGCACAUACGAUCACACAGAGACACAUGAACGCAUAAACACACCACAUAUACAUAUGUGCAAGGUUCCUCUGCUGUUUAGGGAAAGCUAAACACAUUUGAAAAAUACUCAAUGAGCAGAAAGGAACAAAUGUUUGGUUUCAUCUGGUAACAUUCCUGCUUAUAGAAAUAUGGCAAAGAAAUAUAUAU